GGAGAAUACACGAUUUGGUGCAGCCGGGGUUUGGUACCGAGCGGAGAGGAGAUGCACACGGCACUCGAGUGUGAGUGAGAUAAUGUGCACUGAAGACCCCUCAUGACAGUUACUUACCAGAUGAAUGGAGCAACACUCACUCAGAAUAUCACCUUUCACUAGCAUCUUCUAAUGAGAAACCAAGGAAAAAUAGAAAUGAAGGUACAUAUGCACACAAAAUUUUGCCUCAUUUGUUUGCUGACAUUUAUUUUCCAUCACUGCAACCAUUGCCAUGAAGAACAUGACCAUGGCCCUGAAGAACUUCACAGACACCAUCGUGGAAUGACAGAAUUGGAGCCAAGCAAAUGUGCAGAUGCUGAAAAUGAAAAAAAAUACUAUAUUGAAAAACUUUUUGACCGUUACGGUGAAAAUGGAAGGUUAUCCUUUUUCGGUCUGGAGAAACUUUUAACAAACUUGGGCCUUGGAGAGAUAAAAGUAGUUGAGAUUAAUCAUGAGGAUCUUGGCCACGAUCAUGUUUCUCACUUAGAUAUUUUGGCCGUUCAAGAAGGAAAGCAUUUUCACUCACACAACCACCAGCAUUCCCAUAAUCAUUUAAAUUCAGAAAAUCAAACUGUGACCAGUGUAUCAACAAAAAGAAACCAUAAGUGUGAUCCAGAGAAAGAGACAGUUGAAGUAUCUGUAAAAUCUGAUGAUAAACACACACAUGACCAUAAUAAUCAUCGCUUACGCCAUCACCAUCAUUUGCAUCAUCACCUUGAUCAUAACACUACUCGCCAUGUGCAUAAUGAUUCCAUUACUCACAGUGAGCGUGGAGAGCCUAGCCAUCAACCAUCGACGGAGACCAAUAAAACACAGGAACAAUCUGAUGUUAAGCUACUGAAAGGAAAGAGGAGGAAAAAAGGGAAGAAAAGUAAUGAAAAUUCGGAGGUUAUUACACCAGGUUUUCCCCCUAACCAUGAUCAGGGUGAACAGUAUGAACAUAAUCGAGUCCACAAACCUGAUCGGGCACAUAACCCAGGCCAUUCUCAUGUACAUCUCCCAGAACAUGGUCAUGAUUCUGGUCAUGGACACCAAGAUCUUGAUCCUGAAAAUGAAGGUGAACUUCGACAUACCAGAAAACGAGAAGCACCCCAUGUUAAAAAAAGUGCAAUUUAUUCAGCUGCUAGUCACAAAGAUCAUAACGAAGAUGACCGGCAACAUGAAUGUUUGAACGUCACUCAGUUGUUAAAAUACUAUGGUCAUGGUGCCAACUCUCCCAUCUCACCUGAUCUGUUUACAUGCCUUUGCCCUGCAUUGUUGUAUCAGAUCGACAGCAGACUUUGUAUUGAGCAUUUUGACAAACUUUUAGUUGAAGAUUUAAAUAAGGAUAAAAGUCUGGUUCCUGAAGAUAAGGCAAAUAUAGGGGCAUCAGCCUGGAUUUGUGGCAUCAUUUCGAUCACUGUCAUUAGCUUGCUUUCCCUGCUAGGCGUGAUCUUGGUUCCCAUCAUUAACCAAGGAUGCUUCAAAUUUCUUCUUACAUUCCUUGUUGCACUAGCUGUAGGAACGAUGAGCGGCGAUGCCCUUCUUCAUCUACUGCCCCACUCUCAGGGUGGACAUGAUCAUAGUCAUCAGCAUGCACACGGGCAUGGACAUUCUCAUGGACAUGAAUCAAAAAAGUUUUUGGAAGAAUAUGAUGCUGUGUUGAAAGGACUUGUCGCUCUAGGGGGCAUUUACUUGCUGUUUAUCAUUGAACACUGCAUUAGAAUGUUUAAGCACUACAAACAGCAAAGAGGAAAGCAGAAAUGGUUUAUGAAGCAGAGCACAGAAGAAUCAACUAUUGGAAGAAAGCUUUCAGAUCAUAAGUUAAACAAUACACCAGAUGCUGACUGGCUUCAACUCAAGCCUCUUGCCGGAACUGAUGACUCGGUUGUUUCUGAAGAUCGACUUAAUGAAACUGAACUGACAGAUUUAGAAGGCCAACAAGAAUCCCCUCCUAAAAAUUACCUUUGUGUAGAAGAGGAGAAAAUCAUGGACCAUUCUCACAGUGAUGGGUUGCAUACCAUUCAUGAGCACGAUCUCCAUGCUGCUGCACAUAACCACCACGAUGAGAAUAAAACUGUGCUGAGGAAACAUAAUCAUCAGUGGCACCACAAACAUUCUCAUCAUUCACACGGUCCUUGCCAUUCUGGAUCAGAUUUGAAAGAAACAGGAAUCGCUAAUAUAGCUUGGAUGGUGAUCAUGGGGGAUGGCAUCCACAACUUCAGUGACGGGCUAGCGAUUGGAGCCGCUUUCAGUGCUGGACUGACAGGAGGAAUCAGUACUUCUAUAGCUGUCUUCUGUCAUGAACUGCCACAUGAAUUAGGUGAUUUUGCAGUUCUUCUUAAAGCAGGCAUGACUGUAAAGCAAGCUAUCGUUUACAACCUCCUCUCUGCCAUGAUGGCUUACAUAGGCAUGCUCAUCGGCACGGCUGUUGGACAGUACGCCAAUAACAUCACUCUUUGGAUCUUUGCAAUCACUGCAGGCAUGUUCCUCUAUGUAGCCUUGGUGGAUAUGCUUCCAGAAAUGUUGCAUGGUGAUGGUGACCAUGAAGAGCAUGGCUUUUGUCCAGUGGGGCAGUUCAUUCUUCAGAAUUUAGGAUUGCUGUUUGGAUUUGCCAUCAUGCUGGUGAUCGCCCUCUACGAAGACAAAAUUGUGUUCGACAUCCAGUUUUGACCAUUCCCAGUAAUCACUGUUGAUUACGAUUACGAGAAUGUUACCAUGCAGCUUUGCAUCUGUGUCCUUGUACUGUAUGCACAUUGCUCAAAGAAAAGUCCGUGGCUUGCACUACUUACAAGUCCCAUAGAUUUGAGCCUAACCGUAAAGACUGGUGCUCAGUACUGUUUUCUGUGCAUGAAGAGGGUCUUUCAAAAAUACAAAGCUUAUGAUAAAGAGAGGAGAAAAUGGGACUCCAUGAACCAAUGUUGAUAUAGGUUUGAUUAAGACAUUUUAAAAAAUAAUCAUAUAAAACACUACUUUCCUUAUUAGUAGAAACUUCUGUGGCUAUGCAGAAAUAGAAACUGAACCAAAAAUCAUUUAAACUUUUAAAAUAUUUUAAAUGGACUGUGGGCAGACAUUUUUUGUGUGUGCUAAGAAUGAAUUGUAGUGCCCUUUAAUUCAGCUAUAUAUAUAUACAUAUGGUAAUAGGGAUCAACUCGACACGGCAUUGAAACCACAUAAAGUAGACUGUAGGAACUAGAGGAAGGCUGGGGCUGCAUUAGAGUAUGAAUUUAGCAUUGGGAAAAACCCUUAUUCUUGAACCUAGAGUUACUAUUUUUGUAUAUAUUUGCAUAGUGUUUAAACUUGCAGCCUAAACUACUGAAAUUUGUGAUUGUUAUAUUUGUGUGAGCUUCAGUUUAAUGAAAGAUUCAUAACAGUUCUUUGUAUUAUUACAAUACUUGGUCUUUGGGGAGGUUUUCCCUUUUUUUUUUUUUAACUUUUGGUUUUGGGUUUCUGGGGGUGGAGUUCAAGGGGAUCAGAGCAUGUAGUCAAAUGUUUUCCUUAAAAUUAUAACCCUCUGAAAAUAUCAAAGAAAUGAACAAAUAUGGUAAAAAAAAAUACUCUAUUUUCCUGCUUUAAUAGUACUAGUUAAUUGGGAUAUUUAAGUUCUAAAUGUUCACAUUGCUUUACCAGUUUGGCAUCGGAACCAAGAGCACAUGCUGUGAGUGGCAGUAUUGCGUUGGAAGGCAGAAAGUCUAAGUUUACCAUGUCUGUAAUCUAUAUAUGAAGUGUCACUUAAAACAGUUAUUAGGAUCAACUCCAUUGAUACCAUGGUUAUCAUGGUAGCAAGUGACUUAUGUUUCAGUACCUAAGCCGAAAUCACUUGAUCAUUUUGUGCCAAGAUAUGCUGUUGGUGCCUCAUAGGGAUUAGUCUCCCUUUUUAGGCAUCCUGUUCACCUACCGUAAUUGUGAAUGAUUUGUGAGACGUGCAAGCCAUGUAGAUCCUGAAUUUUGACUUACUAAUUUAUAGGACUAGUCAUACGCAUGUAGCUUUCUGUUUACAUCUUGUGAACAUGGUCCUCAUUUACGCCAGGUAAACUGCAUUGGAACUCUGUGCAGCUAUCUUUGUUUUCAUCUGCUUGGCAACCAGUGUAGCUGCUUUCAGAAUCUUAUUGUUCAAAUAUCUAAGAGCCAAACUCUUCCAUUCCACUUAAAAUGCUUCAUUUAGUCUUCUUUUCCCUUCUUUCUUUCCUCUUGCUCUAUGAACUUUAAAAACAAAACAUCGAGGAGCUGCACAUUCAUCCAGGUAUAUGUGGAUGAUGGCCAGUGUUGUUCUUCAUACUGUAAGCAAGGGAGCUUAGGUCUUGUUAUUUCUUUAAUGCUUGAAUUUGAACAGUUAUUUCUGGCUUUCUCCAUGGCCUUCUUAUAAUAAGUAGGAGUUUCAUACAUAGAUUCUUUUGCAUCGGACACUGACUUAGGACAGUCCUCAUCUCAUUGCUUGGCCCUUCAAGCAACCUAGCUAAAAGGUGCUGAUGUUUUAUUUAGUACUGCCAACUUCAAGUGAUUCAAAUAUCUUGCUUUCUGAUUCAAGAUAUAUUAAUAGUUCGUUUUUGGGUUUUAAUACCCAAGGAUGAUUGUGCAUUCCAGCAUUAAGUCUGCUUCAUUAAAAAACUUUUGUAAAAGCAACAGCUGGAAUAUACUCCCAAUCUUAACAUGCCUGAAAUAAAGCAAAUGAGUCAUGCUGAAAUAUUUAAAGUUUUAUAUUCUCUCAAGAAUGGUAUUAUCUUUUAUCAGCUAGAUUUUUUUUUUAACCUUUUAAGAGGGCUGUAAUAGUUGCUGCUAGUAUUUUGUUAGGGUUCCACCAGUAUUUAGUUUUCACAUCAUCCUAAUGUAUAGUUUUAAGUCUUACUAGACAAUCUGAAUUCCACUACAUUUCUGUUUGGCUCCAACAUUCCAUUUAACUUGACCAGUCUGAUUUAACAUGUGUUUGUUGGAGAUCAUUACUGUUACUUGUACAA